UUUUAAACGGAGAACAAAUUUGCGACCAUUGUGGAAUUGUUUACGGCAGUUGUUGCAAAUCCAGACCUGCGUUACACCCCUUGAAAGAGGUGAUGCAGCUUGCACUGCCACCAGCAGAGACACUACAAGGAAGACUCUUAAAAGCUUUCUGUGUGACGGUGGUUCUGGGCGUGUUGAUGCUCCCGUUGUUGAGGACUGUGGGAUUGCGUGCGUUCUCCAUGGCAACCGAAGCGUAUUCCUCCGGGACUCACUCCGCAGCUUUCGUCACAUGCCCCAAUGACACUGUGGCAAAAGACCUGGCCAGAGGGAUUGUGGAGAAGAAACUGGCAGCCUGUGUGAACAUAGUGCCCAAAAUCACAUCAGUAUACGAAUGGCAAGGAAAGAUCGAAGAAGACAGUGAAGUGUUGCUGAUGAUUAAGACAAGGACUACAAAGAUCUCUGCUCUCGCUGAAUAUGUUAGGUCAAAUCAUCCGUACGAAGUGGCCGAGGUCAUCAGCUUGCCCAUUGAUCAGGGAAACCCUCCGUACCUGAAGUGGAUUGGAGACAUUGUGCCUGAAUAAUUGAGCGAAAUCUCAGUCAGGAGCAACUAAAAAAAAAUCCUCACAAGAUCCUGAGAAAGACAUCGAUCUGAUUUAUCUUAAAUGGAUAAACAUCAAAUUAUUAGACCUAUUGUUUUGAAAACUCUGAGGCUUCACUUUACUGUUAUUUCCGUAGUUUUUCUUAACUGAAAAAAAAACCCCGCCUUAAUUUGCAUAAUGAAAAUUAACAGCGAUUUAUGAUAUGUAUGAUAUUAUUAUGGUAUUAAGUAAUUAUAAACCACAAUAAACAUACAAGAAAUCCA